CGCGCCCUGCGUCCCUUCGGGCCCCGAGGCAUUGUGGGAAACCUCUCCUCCCGGGCAGCGGCAGAGGAGCGGCGCGGGGCUGAGGGGGCGCGCGAGCGCGAAGUGCAUGCCGGGAGCCUGGGCCGGGGCCUGCGCCGGGCCGCGGUGCAGAACUGCAGAAGCCCCGACAGCUCUUCCCUCAGCUCAUCUCCUCCACUGCGGGGCACUGGAACCUCACCCCCGCCGGAGCCCUCGGCCCCCCUGCACCCUUCCAUGAUCGGCUCUGCCAUGACCACCUCCAUUGGCGGACUGGGGUCUCCCUUCCCAGUCAUCAGCUCUUCUAUGGGCUCCCCGGGGAUGCCUGCGACCCCCUCCAUCGGCUACGGGCCGGUCAGCAGCCCCCAGAUCAACUCCACGGUGAACCUCUCGGGCCUCCAUUCGGUCAGCAGCUCGGACGACGUGAAGCCCCCGCUGGGCAUGAGGGUGAUGCAGGGCCACCCCCACGGGGGCGUGAUGCCCGGGAAGCGCCUUUGUGCCAUCUGUGGUGACCGGUCCUCAGGUGUGCGGACCCCGGGGAGGGGGAGCCCCGAUUGGAUGUGGAUUGGUGGGGGGGGGAGUAGAGCCAUAUUGGAGAGAAGGGUGUGCAGGUACAGCUGUGAAGGCUGCAAGGGCUUUUUCAAGCGCACCAUCCGGAAAGACCUGACUUACACCUGCCGCGACAACAAGGACUGCAUCGUGGACAAGCGCCAGCGCAACCGCUGCCAGUACUGCCGCUAUCAGAAAUGCCUGGCCACCGGCAUGAAGCGCGAAGCUGUGCAAGAGGAGCGCCAGCGGGGCAAAGACAAAGAAGGGGAAGGGGACCUGGCCGGGGCCGGCGCCAACGAGGACAUGCCCGUGGAGAAGAUCCUGGAAGCCGAGCUGGCCGUGGAGCAGAAAUCCGACCAGGGCAUCGACGGAUCUGGCGCGGGGGGCAGUUCGCCCAACGACCCCGUGACCAACAUCUGCCAGGCGGCCGACAAGCAGCUCUUCACGCUGGUGGAGUGGGCGAAACGGAUCCCCCACUUCUCUGAACUGCCCCUCGACGACCAGGUCAUCUUGCUGCGGGCCGGUUGGAAUGAGCUGCUGAUUGCCUCCUUCUCCCACCGCUCCAUUUCGGUGAAGGAUGGGAUCCUGCUGGCCACGGGGCUCCACGUCCAUCGCAACAGCGCCCACAGCGCCGGCGUGGGAGCCAUCUUUGACAGGUGCUUCCGUCUGGGGGCCUGGGGGUUGUGGGCCUGUGGGCGUCCGGGUUUCGCCCAGCCUCCACUCCGCCCGACGCUCCAGCGCCAUCCAUUUUUUUUUUGCCUCCAAGAUGGGCAGCUUUCCUCCCUCCCUCCCUUUCUCGGCAGGGUGACGGCAGAAUUGGUGUCAAAGAUGCGUGACAUGCGGAUGGACAAGACGGAGCUGGGCUGCCUCCGAGCCAUCAUCCUCUUCAAUCCUGAUGCAAAGGGGCUCUCGAACCCGGCCGAGGUGGAGCUGUUACGCGAGAAGGUGUACGCCUCCUUGGAGUCCUACUGCAAACAGAAGUACCCCGAGCAACAGGGCAGGUUUGCCAAGCUGUUGUUGCGUCUUCCCGCCCUCCGGUCCAUCGGCCUGAAGUGCCUGGAGCACCUCUUUUUCUUCAAGCUGAUCGGCGACACCCCCAUCGACACCUUCCUCAUGGAGAUGCUGGAGGCCCCCCACCAGAUGUCCUGACCUCCUCGCCUCCACACAACCACACACAUACACACCCCUGGGCACUCAGCGCUCCUCCGGCGCGAGAGGAGACCGUGAAGACGAAGAGGGUCCGUGUGCAAGAAAAACGGGGGUCCUCGGCGAGGGGGACUCGUCAGCCACACGUCCACGGCCGAUGCGAACUUGCACCAUCCAUCCUCACCUCUUCUUCCUUGUGAUGCUGUAGCCCAUCCCAUACGCUAACCCCCCCAACUUCCCCCCCCAAAAAAACCUGCAGGAGACCUCUCGCAGGAGCGGCAGGAAGGAUGUUGUACUCCCCAGCGGCUGGAUUUGAGGGACAUGGCCCCUGGUUUGGCUUGCAUAGCAUGUGGGGGACUCUCUUGAGUUCUCCUUUUCCUCCUGACACACACACACACAC